AGGACCUCAGUUGAAUCUCGUCUUGGCGAAUCUAGUGGGCGUCACAGAUAGCGAUACGGAAAUAUCUUCUAAAAGUUAUCUGACUAAGGAUAGUUGUGUUCCUACAAGAGUGAAAUCUUAUUCUUGUAGUAUAUAUAACAAGACUUUUCCCCAUAGAAGUAAUCUGACUACGCACGGUUAUGUUCAUACUGCUGAGAAACAUUACUCUUGUAGUUAUUAUAUAGUAAGAGUUUUUUCAUGCAAAAGUCAUCUGACUAAGAAGAGUUCUGUUCACACUGUUGAGAAACUUUAUUCUUGUUGUUUAUGUAAUAUGAGUUUUUCACAACAAAGUCUUCUAACUGAACAGGGUCUUGCUCACAUUGGUGAGAGACCUUAUUUUUGUAGUAUAUGCAACAAGAGUUUUUUGAAAAAAAGUCGUCUAACUGAACACAGUCGUGUUCACACUGGUGAGAAACCUUAUUCUUGUAGUAUAUGCUGCAAGAGUUUUUCGCAAAAAAGUCAUCUGACUAAACACAGCCGUGUUCACACUGGUGAGAAACCUUAUUCUUGUAGUAUGUGCAACAAAAGGUUUUCGCAAAAACUCUCUCUAACUGUACACAGUUGUGUUCACACUG